AUGUUUUUGCACAGAGAGGGGCCGUUCUGUGAUUACUCCUUGCCACUAAAUCCUCAGCAGAACUACACUUACUGCUCACAAGACUGGAAAGAUGCGCUUCUCAGAGGCCAGUGUCUGGAUGCUAUGAAAAUGGACACAGAAGCCGAACUUUCCGCACAUCAGAUUCGCGUGUCACUGCAGGGUCGCGAACUCUGGGACAAAUUCAGUGGCAUAGGAACGGAGAUGAUAAUCACUAAAUCCGGCAGACGUAUGUUUCCCGCCUGCAAAGUAAGCAUCACGGGGCUGAACCCCAAGGCCAAGUACGUGCUGGUGAUGGACAUGGUGCCUUUUGAUGAUAAUAAAUACAAGUGGAACAGGGACAGAUGGGAGGUGAACGGUGUGACCGAGCCCCACCUCCCCAAUCGCUUCUUCAUCCAUCCUGACUCGCCGGCGCUCGGAGAGAGGUGGAUGCAGUACCCCGUCUCCUUCCACAAGCUCAAGCUCACCAACAACACCCUCAACACCAGCGGCUUGGUGAUUCUCCACUCCAUGCACAAAUACCAGCCUCGCCUGCACAUCCUGCAGACCCCAGAGCCCUCCAGCGGACACUCGGGAGGUUGCCUGCGCUUCACCUUCCCAGAGGCUGCCUUCAUCGCUGUGACGGCCUACCAGAACUCAGAGAUAACAAAACUAAAGAUAGACAACAACCCAUUCGCUAAAGGCUUCCGUGACGGGCUAAAUAGUAAAAGGUACAGGGAAAAGCCAGAAAAGACCUCCAGCCAACAGCCUGUAGAAAAUGAUCAAGAAAGAGGAUCAAAAAGCCGUGCUGUAUUAAGCACAUUAGACACAGGAGAUGGAGCGGACCUCACAGUCUCAAGUUCAGAAGAUUCCCGCAGUUUUGGGUGCAGGACGGGCAGCAGUGAGGCUCCAAACCCUUUCAUCUCCGCGUUCAUGAGCCAGGGACCCUGUGGCCCGGAGGAAUGGGGAGAGGGCGUCAGGUUACCCAACAACCACAACACGCUCCCUGCCAUCCCUUACACCAGCUCCAGCCACUAUGAGGCCAGAGCUUCUCGUCCCACGAAUGCGGUCGUGCCCCUCUCCAGACAGCCCCUUCACGACCAGUCCUUCUCAGAAAGCCUGGUAUGUGGAAACCUGCCUCAUUUCCCACAGAGUCUACCCGCUCCAAGCGGCAGGGCCGUGGACCAGCAACGGUGUCCUGGGGGGAACCCUGUGGCCAUGCUGGAAGCUGGCGUGGUGGAGAAAAAGGAGCGGCAGCAGCCGGAGUUCGAGUGCACCCUCCCAUUCCCGCCAAAGGUCAGUAGGGUCCAACUCCCCGAAAGCACACUGAGGAGCCUGGAGAUGAGCCUACCCUCUGACCCCAGCGGCCCCCGGCCCCUCUCAGACAUCCUCAACAGGAUCCGGGGGAGGCGCGAGGGGGUGGCAGGCAGCCCGGGGAAACCGAUACAGGCGGAGGCUGCGUGGGCGCCCCUGGCCUUCAGCAAGGAGGCCGUGGCGCCAUUUUACCAGCCACCACUGGACCACAGUAGCGAGUACCUUGGGUUGCAGGGCAUGCUGGGAUACCCAAACACCAUUGCAGCCAGUGCGCAGCUGAGCAGCGGCCACGCUGACCCCCGCGUGCCCCCAGCCUCCCUGGAGUAUCCAUACAGAACGCCUCUGAUCGAUUUCUACUUGAAUGAGUAUGCUGGGAAAUGAAGUCCAUCAACAUG